AUGAAUGAGUCCGUCGAGCGCAUUGCGCUCGCGAAUUGUUCGCUCGUUUCCUUGAAUACGUCGCCGUCGUCCGAGUGUAGCGUUUUCCAAGGAGAUUCGAAGAAUUGUUCGAGCGAUGCCAUGGAGGAGCGCCGGAGACGUCCCAUCGACGACGUCGCCGCCGCCAGCGAAGUGAGUCCCGUUUCCGGUCCAUAUGCGUUGUCCUUGCGGGUGUUUGUGUGCCGCGACCUCGUCCACCUGCGUGCGUAUGACAUUGAGGUGCUAGCGAUGAGGGACCUAGGAGGCGCCUGGCACGGCCGCUAGAUCUCCUAGCCCUAUGGCUCAAAAUGCGGGACCAACC